UCGACUUCUAUCACGUGAUUACUCACAUGAUUGUUCGUUGUUGACAAACUUCUCAACCACUCAAGUGAAAGUUAGUUAGGAAAUAAAUAUCCAAGCGGCACUGACAGUCAUGAAGAGUUUGAUAUUGCUUUGUGUUAUUGGAUAUGUUGUUGGUGAACCAUGUGCAUAUGGACCGCCAUAUUGGUGCAGCCACGUGAGUCGAGCGCGCACCUGUGGGGCUGUGAAACACUGUAUUGACACAGAAUGGAAGUAUACCAUCCUCCCGAAAAUCUCAGCCAUUGACAAAGAUCUGCGGUCAACAAGCACCUGCACGUACUGCGAGCUGCUGGUCAGUGGAGUGAAGGAUGCUGCACACAGUAAAUCUUCACAGGUUGAAAUAGCAUCCUUAUUGUCCAAUGUGUGCACGUAUCUCCCUAAUGCAGAGCUUAUCAAACAGUGUCAGGAUAUUGUAACUGAGUUCACCCCAGAAGUCAUUGAAAUGCUGGAUAAUAAACUUAGCACUGACAUGAUCUGCACAGCCCUUGGGUUCUGCGCAGGCUUGGAGGACACUGGUCACCCUGAGCAGGGAACCACCAAACUGUACAGCGAGGCAGGGGUACAGCUGCUUUACAAGAGUGUGGGCAAUGUGCGCAAUGACACUCAGUGCGCAGACUGCACCAAGUUCUUCAAGGACGUUCAGGAUAGCAUCACCUCCCAGGAGACUUUGGACCAAUUAGAACAGCUUCUCAAUCAAACAAUCUGCAGUCGACUGGGAUCAUUAAGUCAAUUGUGCGAUGAAACCUUGGAGGAAAUCCUUCCAAUAAUUCUUAAAGCUGUAGCCGAUAAUUUUGACCCUGACAUUCUGUGUCGAAUCUUUGGUUUCUGCCUCACCAAGGGGAAGGCGCCAGUCGUGUUUCCAAUCAAAAAUGUGUUUAUAGGAAAGGGCCCUCUACAGUACAGGUCCAGUGAGGAGUGUGACAUCUGUAAGCAACUCCUGGGCCAGGUGGUCAGCUUUCUUAGAGAUUCUACCACUCAGGCGAAGGUGAAGGAGAUACUGGAAAAUGAAGUCUGCACUUUGUUUGGAGGAUUAAAAGAUAGGUGCAAGCAGUUGGUGGAGGAGUACACACCAAUGAUCUUUGAGCUGCUUGUUAAUGAACUGGACCCCACGACCCUGUGUGAGGCUGUUGGCCUGUGUGUGGUUUCCAGCAGACUUCCUGUGGUGGCAGCUGCUGUGAUGGUACCAGCCCGCAUGGUGGAACCGGCCAGUAUGGUGGGAGCCGGCUUUGUGAAGGACUCGACUGAGUGCACGGUGUGCAAGUACCUGGUGCAGGAGGUGGACAAUGUCCUCAAGCAGAACCAGACUAUCCAAACCAUUGAAGACUUGUUGGACAAGAUUUGCGAUCGCCUGCCCACCCCGGACCUGAAAACCCAAUGUGAAGCGUUUGUUGAGGAGUACGGUCCCCUGGUGCUCUCCCUACUGGCCCAGGAGUUGGACCCACAGGCUGUCUGCCAGACUAUCGGCCUCUGCAAGAAGACAAACGCUCAAGUUUCAGUGCAGUUGACCAAAUGUGAUGCAUGUGUAGCGGGGGUAACUGUGCUAGAGAACCUUGUCGCAAAUAUUUCCCAGGAACAAAUCCUAUCAUUUCUGAACAUGGUCUGCGACUAUGUGCCCGAAAAUUACACAGCAACUUGCAAGAAGUACCUGCAGGAGUACGGGCCCCUGAUUGUGAGCGCCCUCAAGUCCAGACAAGACCCCAAGACCCUGUGUGCCCUGGCCCAGUUCUGCACAGCCAAGCUGCCCAACAAGCAGUAUAUGACUGUCCCCAUACCACAGGAGCCAGUUCCAGCAGUUGCCAGGGGGACCAGUGGCUCUGUGGAGUGUGAUGUUUGUGGAACCGUCCUGUACUUCCUGGAGUUCAUGAUGAAGGCCAAGGCCACUCAGGAAGAAAUCAAGCAUUCCCUGGACAAGCUGUGUACGCACCUCCACGGGAGCAUGCCUGGGUACUGUAAGACAUUUGUGGACACCUACCUGCCAAAGGCCAUAGACCUGCUUAUUCAGGCCAUGGAUGUGGAGCUCAUCUGUGCUGAGCUGGGGCUAUGUAGGGAAGAAACUAGGAAUCAAAAAACUGCAUCCAAGCUCAGUGCUGUGUUGUCUCCCUUGAAUACUCUUCCUGUCUCUCUGAAUGAGGAACAUACAGUUCAGCUUGCAAAAGGUUCAGCAUCUCCAUCCAUUGAGUGUGAGGUGUGUGGAACCGUUCUCUACUAUGUCAAGAUUCUUCUACAGAACAAUGCUACAGUGGAUGAAAUCAAGCAGGCCCUGGAUAAACUGUGUACAGACCUCCCCAGCAGUAUGUCUGGUAUCUGCCAAACAUUUGUGGACACCUACCUACAGCAAGCCAUAGACCUUCUUGUGAAGGAAAUUGACAUCAAUACCAUCUGUGCUGAGCUAGGGCUGUGUAACGGAGUAUCCAGUGCUGUGAAGCCUGCUUCCCUGCUCAGUGUGGUGUUGUCUCCCUUGAAUACUCUUCCAAUCUCACUAAAGAAGGAAAAUACAGUUCAGCUUUCAAAAGACAGAACAGGUCCAUCCAUUGAGUGUGAGGUGUGUGGAACCGUUCUCUACUAUGUCAAGAUUCUGCUGCAGAACAAUGCUACAGUGGAUGAAAUCAAGCAGGCCAUGGAUAAAUUGUGUACAGACCUCCCCAGCAGUCUGUCUGGUUUCUGCCAAACAUUUGUGGACACCUACCUACAGCAAGCCAUAGACCUUCUCGUGAAGGAAAUUGACAUCAAUACCAUCUGUGCUGAGCUAGGGCUGUGUAACGGAGUAUCCAGUGCUGUGAAGCCUGCUUCCCUGCUCAGUGCGGUGUUGUCUCCCUUGAAUACUCUCCCAAUCCAACUGAAAAAGGAGAAUACUGUUCAUCUCUUGAAAGCUGCACCCUUGGUUGGUGAUGAUAAAUGUACGCUCUGUGUAGAGUUUGCCAAACUUGUGGAUCAAGAACUUCAAAACAAUCAAACUCAGGCAUUCAUCAAAAAAGUCCUGAAAGAUGUGUGUGCCAGUUUGCCUGAUUCUUUGAGAGAUGAAUGCUCAAGACUGGUGGAAGAGAACUACCAACUGGUCAUUGACUUCAUUCUCUUGAACUACGAUCCAAACAUCAUUUGUAAAAUGAUAGGCAUCUGUCCUGCACAUAAAGUGACUCCAGUGCAGUCUACAGUAACGGAAGUUAAGUCGGGUCCUAUAUGUGGAUUGUGUGAGCUCAUUAUCCAGGAAUUGGACAGUAUUCUCAAAGGAAACAAAUCUGAGGCUUCCAUCAAGGCUGCACUAGAGCAGGUGUGUUCCCUACUGCCUGACACCCUGAGUACGGAGUGCAAGCAGUUUGUGGACCAGUACGCCCAACAGAUCAUUGACCUCCUUCUUCAAGAGAUCGAUCCUGAUCAGAUCUGCAAAUUGAUCGGGCUCUGUACUACCAGUGGACAUCGGGCUGAGAAAAUCCUAGUGAAGGCAGGGCCAGUGUGUGUGAUCUGUGAGUUUGUACUCAAGUUGGUUGACAAAGAACUCCAGGGCAACAAAUCCGAAGCCGCUAUAACGGCAGCCCUGGACAAAGUGUGUAGCCUCAUGCCAGACACAAUCAGUGUGGAGUGUAACCAGUUUGUGAGUGAGUACGCCAAACUGAUCAUCAAUCUGCUGGUACAGGAGCUAGCUGACCCAGACACCGUCUGUAAGGCACUUAAAGUCUGCACUACCAGUAAACAAAGCGUGCCCAUUGUGCAUGACAAAGUUCCCUUGAAAGCAGGACCAGUGUGUGUGAUCUGUGAGUUUGUACUUAAGUUGGUUGACAAGGAACUCCAGGGGAACAAAUCUGAAGCUGCUAUAACGGCUGCCCUGGACAAAGUGUGUAGCCUCAUGCCAGACACAAUCAGUGUUGAGUGUAACCAGUUUGUGAGUGAGUACGCCAAACUGAUCAUCAAUCUGCUGGUACAGGAGCUAGCUGACCCAGACACUGUCUGUAAGGCACUUAAAGUCUGCACUACCAGUAAACAAAGCGUGCCCAUUGUGCAUGACAAAGCUCCCUUGAAAGCAGGACCAGUGUGUGUGAUCUGUGAGUUUGUACUCAAGUUGGUUGACAAGGAACUCCAGGGGAACAAAUCUGAAGCCGCUAUAACGGCUGCCCUGGACAAAGUGUGUAGCCUCAUGCCAGACACAAUCAGUGUGGAGUGUAACCAGUUUGUGAGUGAGUACGCCAAACUGAUCAUCAAUCUGCUGGUACAGGAGCUAGCUAACCCAGACACUGUCUGUAAGGCACUUAAAGUCUGCACUGCAGAUCUGCUCAAGGGACUCGAGGCAACCGUGCACAUUCUGAAAGAGAAACCAAAAGUGGGUGCAGACUUCUGUGUGCCAUGUGAGUUCAUCGUGAAACAGGUGCAGGAAUUCAUCAAGGAGAACCGCACCACCCAGGAGGUGGAAGACUUUGUCAAGUCACUCUGUGACAUUCUGCCAGACACCGUCACCGCUCAGUGUCAUGACGUGGUGGACCAGUAUGUACCUGCUAUCCUGGAUUUGUUGAGCGAAAACCUUGAUCCUAAACAAGUCUGUGAGAAACUUGGGUUCUGUAAGACAGUUGCCAAAAUAAUCAACCCAAAGCAGAAGGAGGCAAACACCCUGUAUUUCCACCCCAGGGGGGAGAAGAAGGGGGCACUGCUGGGAUCAAACAAGUGCUCUUGGGGACCGUCACAUUGGUGUAAAUCACAAACAAAUGCUGCAGAGUGCAAUGCGAUUGAAUACUGCAAGCAGAAAGGUUUGAAUUGAGACGGCCCACACUAUACACAAAAGGACAUGCACACAGACAAAGGUCCUGCCAAGUAAACAAGUUGUAGCUGGAAUUCCAGUUCCUGAAUAUUCCAAAAAAACUGUUUCAAAGUUUCUUUAUUAAUAUUUGAUUCCAUGUAAAAAUGAAUUAAAAAUGUUAUCAAGGGUUAAAAUUUUUCAAAUAUUUUGUUGGGGGGGGUAAAUAUAUGUAUAAAAAAUAAUAAAAGCCUUUGUGUUUCUGUUUAAUGUUCAGAUUGAUUCAUUUUACUUUAUCAUGUUGUUGUAAUGUGUUCCAUACCGGUAUGUAACUAAACCUCAUAUAAUAGUAGAUCUAAGAUAUACAUUGGUGUUGAUGUUUGAUACUUACAUUCCUUUUAAAGUUAUCACCAUGGCUUUUGAGAUCAAUAGUAAGAUUUGUAUGUAAUAUUUAGAUAUAAUUUGUAAAGUCUGGUUAAUAAUGGAAGUUUGCAUUCAGUUUAUGUUUUAAUAAUUAUAAUCUUGCACCACUUUAUACUCAAUGAGAUUAUACUGUCAAUUUUCUUUCUUUUUUAUCACACUGCUGUUGUUUGCUGAUAUUUUACUAUGUUCAAAUGAAGUUGUAACUUUCUUUUGAAGCCACAAUGCUCUGUACAAAUUUAAAUGGUUUUUAAAUUAACCAUAACUUUUUCUGUCCUGGGCCUGUAUUCACAAAGGUUUUAAGUCAAAAUUAUAGACUCAGACGUAUAUGUCCCAAAUGUAUACAUUAAUUUUCUAGAGAUAUCAAAUCAUGGUAAAUCAAUGAAAAGAGAUAACUGUGUAGUUUUCUUUAUAUUGAAUGUGAUGGUUUAUUGAUACAAAUUAUGGAUAAAACAAUAUUUUGAUUAUUUUCUUAAGUCUGAGUCAAGAAUUUUGACUUAAAAUGUUGGUGGACUUGAGCCCUGGUUAGAAAAAAUCACUUUUAGCUGGUUAGAUAAGUUCACUUUGUAAACAUGCAUUGUUGAUUUCUGUUAAUAGUUGCAUUAUGUUCAAUUGCAACUGGUGAUGUCAAGGUGGGAAACUCAGGUUGGAUUAAUCUAGUACCAUUACAGAGUUGUCCCCCGUCUUGUAAUAGCCAUAAUCUUUCAUUUGCUGUGAUUACUAUGAUUGACUGUGUGAGUAAUUUGUUUUGCUGCUUGCUUGCUUAAUUGUGUUGU